UUUACCUCAGUCAUCAAUUCAUCAAUUAUUAUCUUUUAAUGACGAUGGGGUUAUUUCUAUUUUUAUAUUUUUUAAAAUAAAUUUAAAGGUAAUCUCCUCAAUUGCUUCAUUUGAAUUGUUACGCUUUCCUCUUUCUGGCGCACUUUCUAAUCUUGAUAAUCAACCAAUUAACAAUUCAAUUUACAAAUCUCAACAACAUCAACUUCUUGCUGCUCUUUGUACUUCUCAAUUUAAAUUAAAUGAAAAUGGAACAGAACAAAUGAAAUUUUCUCAUCAUUUUUUGGCAACUUUAUUUAACAGAUAUUAUAACUCUUCUCAUUUGACUAACAAUUCACCAUUGUCAUCUGUUAAUCACCAAAAAUCGCCUUCAGCUUCAUUACAUCAACAGUUAUCAGCAGAAAUUCGCCGUCAAUUGAAUGAAGGUGUUAGUGCAGAUAAUUUGUCUACUACUCUUCCUUCAAUUAAUUUGGACAGUGAAGCAUCGAUUUCCCAACGAAUUUCUACUCUUUCACUUAUGCAAAAUGCAAUUAAAAAUAUUUUUUUAAACAAAGCAUUACCUGUUCGUGAAAAAGCUAUUGACUACACCUUAAAAAGGGCAGAGAAUAUUUUGAAAACUUCUUCUGAGGUUGAUAAACUUCGAGAAAGCAUUCAACAACGGCUAAUGGAUUUGUUUAGUCAAAUUAAUGAUAUUAAAGCGAUUAUUCUUAAAAGGCAGCACCAAUAUCGAUUAUUGGAUGAAAAAAUACAAAAAAUUGCCCAAAUUCUUCAACCAAUUAUGUUCUCAACUUCUGAAGAUGAAAUUGAGGCUUUAGACAAAUUACAAUUUAUGCAGAAAAGAAUAUUUCAAUGUCGUCGCUGUAUACAGACGCUAAAUUCUCGAAUUAACGAGUCUCGUCAAAAUUUAUUUGGAUUUGCCAAUAAAGAAUUAAAAACAGCAACAACAUCUUUUAAUUCUGAAUUGAUUCCUGCACAAAUAUUUAUUCUUUCUAAAAACGCCAAUGCAACAAAUUACGUGAACAAAUUAUGUUUUUAGAAAAUAAAAUUGGUUAAUUUAAAUUAAAUUUUUUUGGAAAAUAUUUUCAUUUUUUAUUAUUUUAAAUUUGGAAAAUUUUAUUUUAAAAAUUUGAAAAAGUAAAAUUUAUGCUUUAUUAAUUUUUUGAAGAUUUUUUAAGGGGGUUUUUUUUGCUUAUUCUAAGCUUGCCCCAUUUUUGUAAUUUUUACCCACACUUAUAGAAAUUUUUUUUUGAAUUUUCUCUAGACAUUUUUUGGAUAUUAAGAAUUGGGUAUUAAGAAUUCUGUUCAUUUUCUCGUUUUU